UUGCUGAAAGCGCUUUCCGAGAGGGUUGAGCAGUUUGUUUUGCAGGAUGUCGGAAAUGGCUGAGCUGUGCGAACUGUACGAAGAGUGCAAUGACCUGCAGAUGGAUGUGAUGCUCGGCGAGGGUGACCUUCUGCUGAUGGAGGUAGGCAGCGGGAGCCGAGACCCAUCCCUGCGUCCCUCCCGCAGCGGGGCCCAGCCGCAGCUCGAGGUGGAAGGCCCGAUGGAGGAGGAGGCGGCGCAGCCAAUGGCGGCGCCAGCGGGGAAGCGGGGCCUGCCUAACGGGCCCAGCCCUGGGGAGCAGUCAGGCCAGCUCGCGGGCCCAGACUUCGAGAGUGAGGACGAGGGCGAGGAAUUUGAUGACUGGGAGGACGACUACGACUAUCCGGAGGAGGAGCAGCUGAGUGGUGCCGGCUACAGAGUCUCAGCGGCCCUUGAAGAAGCCAACAAGAUGUUCCUGAGAUCAUCCAGAGCCAGAGAAGCAGCUCUGGAUGGCGGGUUUCAGAUGCAUUAUGAGAAGACCCCGUUCGACCAGUUGGCUUUUAUCGAAGAGCUUUUUUCACUUAUGGUUGUCAAUCGUCUGACCGAAGAACUCGGCUGUGAUGAAAUUAUUGAUAGAGAGUAGUUAAAUGCUGUUAAAAGAGGAGGAAACUACCUGAGGAGAGACCCAGCUUGCCACUAUCUUUUGGGUUCAUUCCAUAUAGUCCUGUGCCAAUGAAAAACUAGAUCUGCAAAAAAAACCGAGUUUUUGUUUUUCAGAAUAGAAGACAAUAGGACAGUGACUGUACAGUUGUGAAAAAGGAAGAGAAUCAU